CCUGAUGAGCUAGAGAUAUCUCUGGUUAUUGCAGAUCAGGUUUUUGUUAAUUAUAAUAGUAAUUUUUGAAAAUUUUAUAACUCAGAAUAAAACUGCUGUAAACAACUGCUCUUAUUUAUUUAACCGAUGAACAUAUAAACCAACAUGAAGAUACAUGUACAAUUGAUACUUCUAAUUCAAUGCAUUCAAAGUGUAUUUGGAAAUAUUAGGGAAUCAAACAGCUUUUCAAAAGAAAAUGACUUAGUGCGUGUUAAUAAAUGUUGUGAGCCAUAUGAAUUACUCCUGGGUAAAUCUUGUGUACAUUUCAAUAACACAAAUGAGAAAAUCUGGCAGCCUAUGUUUACAUCGGAAAGGGGGGAAGCAAAUAUAAAAGUAUCAUACAGGUUGGUGCCAGGAACUCCUGAUUGUGGUUCAAGACAGACUUUUCCUAUUUAUUUCAAUGCUAACUCUACCGAAAAAUUACAACUUCUUCCAAAUGGAGUUUUGCGACAUAUUUAUUCUCACCCAAUUCCAAAUGAAGAUGAAGAUAUUGGAAUAGAAAUCUUGGAUGGUAAAGAUCUGCUCUUUCACGAUUUUCCACAAGGCCAGUACUGCAUGGAUAAGAGAAUUGAUGGUAAUGUAGUAAGUGAAUUUGCAAAAGUUUGUGUUCCUGAACAUGAAAAUAGCUGGACAAGAACAGAAUUUGUUAUGCAUAAUAUUGUUAGUCCUGUAACACAUGGUAUUAAUAUUGCAUGUCUUUUGACUAUAGCUGUAAUAUACUUCGUUAUGCCAAAUUUGAGAGAUUUGGUAGGAAAUAUCAUAACAACAAUGUGCUUCUGUUUAAUUUUGAGUCAAAUUGGUGGUCUUCUCAGAAUGCUGACAGUUUUCACUAGCCAUAUUAGUCUACUAAUAACAGAAACAAUCUGUUACAUAUUUUUACUUGGAUCAUUUUUCUGGCUGAAUAGUUUGGCAUUUUAUAUUUGGAGAACCUUCAAGUCACGUAAUGUUUUUUUGAGGAUUACUGACAAAAAGAAAUAUUGUUAUUAUUCCAUGUAUUCAUGGUCAUGCACCAUCAUUCUUGGAGUAUUAGCAAUAUUUGCACAUUUUACCAUGGACUACCCUGAAUUCAAUAGAUCUAUUAAAUUUUUUGAAGAAAGGGAAGAAAUAGGAUCUUUGGGGCUAAUAAUUUUUUUUGUACCAAUAGCAUUUGUUGUGAUACUAGAUAUUUAUUUCUUUGCUUCAACUAUGAAGGUUAUAAACAGAAUGCAUACGUAUGGUAGAAUACACCAUAAAUUGAGACAUAGCUUUCGAAUGUUUUUACUUCUACUUGUGAUCAAAACUAUAACCUGGCUCUUCUUUUUGGCGUCUUUCACUAAGUAUGAAAGUUUAGUCAAUACUUACCUUAUUGUCAACGCUUUUCAAGGGCCUCUUAUUUUGUACGUUUGUAUAUUCAACCAAAAACAUGUUUUAUAUUUGGUUCAAAAAACAUGUUGUUAUAACACAAAAAUUUGCUCCUGCUGCCGUCCAAAAACUGAACUCGAAUGGGGUGAUGAAAUGACUGCUAUGAAUACUGGUUUGAACUAUUGAGUACAAUAUUUUUAUUGACAUUCACAUUCACAAUAUCAUAUAGGGAAUAUAUUCACAAUUCUUCGUCAUAAUCCGAACAUUCAUUUUUAAAGUAGUUUCAUUUAUUAAUUUUCUUGCAUCACUUUUGGCCAAUUACUUAAGAAUCCUAUGAGGGGUUGUUCAUUAAAAUUACAGAAUACAUAUUGAAAUAUAUAUUUGACAAUUGAACUUUUCUGUGAAGAGUUAGUUUAUAAUUUUUAUUCUUCAUUUUCUAUUAGUUAACUAAAAAAAAUACUAACUACUAUUGAUCAAUUGAAUCCCUCUAGCUCAGUUGUCUAGAAUUCUGCCAAAGCAGAAAAACUAUACUAAGUUUUUUCAAAGUCUCUUGACGAAUAUAUAAAAAUAUAUAUUCAAUAGAUUUAUUUUUCAUAUUAAUCAUUUAGAGAAAAAAAAUAUAACCAAAAUCUGUUUGUCAGUGACAUACAAUGUACAUACCUGUAUACUUAUUUCUAAAUAAUUUUUUUCGAACUUGACCUAUUGUCGUUAACUUCAAAAAUUCUGAAUUGCUCUCAUGAAAUAUGAAAUAUCCAUCUUCACGUUUUAUAAUAUGAGACAAAUUUUGCCAACCAUCUGUGAUAUGCACUGGAAAAUAAACAAUUUUUGAAAAUGGCCUCUAUUAUCAAAAUCGAAAAAUUAUUCAACCAACUCGAUUCAAUUAAUAGCUCUCUUGUAAUUACGCCAGUCUAUAGAUCACCUCAAUGUGCAUAACUUCAAUUAAUGACAGACACCAAAUUUGUGGAAACGCGUGAUAAUUCUAAAGAAUAAAACUGAUAAAUAUUUAUUUCUGAACUGGUGAUUUUGGAAAGACUAUACCGACCAUAGUGUGUACAUUUUGUACUUUCAAUUAUAAAGUGAUGUGAGAAAUAACAGUAUUAUCCGUCCAUGCUUGAAAAAUAAGUUACUUUUUUUUUGUUAAAUGCUAACUUACCAAAAACUCAAGAAUCUCAUAUAUGUAAUGAAUAUUUUUUAUUGCUCAUUUUUCUGAUUAUCUCAAUACUGACAAUGCAAUAUAUUCAGGACACAACCUACCCACAAUUCAAAACUCUAGUUUGCUGAAGGAUUGUUUAAAAUAUGCAAAAAAACUCUUUAUACAUUUUUUAAAUUUCUAUAUUAUGAGUACCUGAAUGAAAAUAAUUUUAUCUAAUGCAAAUCGAUUUGAUAGGUACUUAUUCAGGGAAUAUUCAAUUAUUGAUUUUUAAAGUUAAUGCUUAUUGAAAUUUUUCAUGAAACUGUUAUUUUAAUGAUAUUUAUCAAUCCAUUGCUCAUUUAUAGAGAACAUGAAUUGAUUUAAGAAACUAGUCCAUUAAAAUUAUGCCAAGUGAUGUUUAAAUAAUAUAUUGUUAUUGUUACAAGAAAAUAAAGGCAGCUUUUUGUGAUUUUUUACUAGUUGAAGUUCAAGAAAUAUAAAUGACUAGUUCCACAAUAAAUUUGUUGAAUACUUAAAGUAAAAAAGAUUGACACAUGCACACUUGUAUUUACUUAUUGAAUCUGUACUAGAUGGAAGAUUAGGGCACAAGUUAGGUACUUAAGGCAGAGAUAUAUUAAGCACUAAUUUAUAAUUUUUUGUACAUUUAUAUUUUUUAUAAUAAAAUAUAUUACAAUUUUUCUA